UCCUUCAGGUCAUGAUGCUGAUCCAGAAUCAUCCCGUCCCCGUGAUUGCCAUGGUGAACGGCUUGGCCACCGCUGCUGGAUGUCAGCUGGUUGCCAGCUGUGACAUUGCCGUGGCCAGUGACAAAUCCUCAUUUGCCACUCCAGGUGUAAACAUUGGGCUCUUCUUCUCCACCCCUGGAGUGGCCUUGGGGAGAGCAGUGCCAAGAAAGGUUGCCUUAGAAAUGCUUUUUACUGGGGAGCCCAUAUCUGCUCAGGAGGCCUUGCUCCAUGGGCUGCUCAGUAGAGUAGUGCUGGCAGAUCAGCUGGAGGAAGAGACCAUGAGAAUCGCAAGAAAGAUCGCUUCCUUGAGCCGUCCUGUGGUGUCUCUGGGCAAGGCCGCCUUCUACAAGCAAGUGCACCAGGACCUUAGAACCGCCUACCACCUGGCCUCCCAGACCAUGGUGGACAAUGUGGCCUUGCAAGAUGGGCAGGAGGGAAUCAAGGCCUUCAUCCAGAAGAGAAAGCCCGUCUGGUCACACUGAGUCGGCCAUUUUAGAGGGAUGGAGGGAGUGUGACCCAGUGAGCAGCUCUCAGGAUGCUCCUCUCCCCUCUCCCCCCUCCACUGCUGCCUAAUAUCAAGAACAGCAGACAGACUGCUUCUGUACAAUAGUCAUGGUCCCACUGCAUGGGGUCUGUAUUCAAAGCCAUGGUUCCAUGGGGAAAGGAUGAAACGGAGACUCAAAGGAAAAACUAAUUUUAAUUUAAGAGUGGUGAGCACCUAUGCUGGGUCAGCUGCGGUAGUAAGCCUGGAAUUUUAUACACUUCUUCACGGGACCGUAAGUGUGGGACCACACUGACAUGGGAGAAGGUGACGAUAAAAUGAAGCAUGAAAGAAAAAUGCCAACCUGCUUCUCCUGU